UGUUUCUUCGAGCGCAAUGAAAGUGCCACCGUGGCCUUAAAAAGACAAACCUUCAUUAUUCUCUCAGUGCAGCUGUGCUUGAUUUUCUUCACCUACGUUACAGUGUGUGUUGACAUGUAAACACACACUAUCGCGUUUUCGGUAUAUAUGUAGUCCAGUGUGUUUUAGUGUAAGUGUUCAAACUGGAUCACCGCAGAAGGAAUAGCAAAGGAGGGAAGAGAGAGGAGAUCUCCAGAAAAUUCCUCCUGUCCAAAAACAACAUGUUCUCCAAAUUUACCUCCAUCCUGCAGCACGCCGUCGAGGCGCUUGCACCCUCACUGCCAUUGCAAGAGGACUUUGUCUAUCAUUGGAAGGCUAUCACACAUUAUUACAUAGAAACCUCAGAUGACAAAGCCCCAGUGACAGACACCAACAUUCCCUCCCAUCUGGAGCAGAUGCUGGAUAUCCUGACCCAGGAGGAGAGGGAGAGAGAGUCCGGAGAGACGGGACCCUGUAUGGAGUAUCUUCUCCACCACAAGAUCCUGGAGACGCUCUACACACUAGGCAAAGCAGAUUGCCCUCCUGGAAUGAAACAGCAGGUUUUGAGUUUCUACACCAAACUGUUGGGGCGAAUUCGGCAACCACUCCUGCCUCACAUCAACGUGCACAGACCUGUACAGAAACUGGUCCGCCUUUGCGGGGAGGUUCUAGCUGCUCCUACAGAGAACGAAGAGAUCCAGUUUCUGUGUACCGUCUGUGCCAAACUUAAGCAGGACCCAUAUCUCGUCAACUUCUUCCUGGAAAAAAAGAAUAAAAAGUUGGAUGCUGCUAAAGGUGGUGGAGCUGAUUUAGUGAAAGAUCCAUCUUCUCCAGAUACAGGACAGAAUAAAAACCAAAAUCCCAGUCUGGUCACAUCCGCACAGGAAGGUGCAGCAGGUCAAGCCACAAGCCCAGGGGAAGCAAGUCCGUCCUCAGUCCACACUACACUGCCAAACAACGACAACUACAACCUAGUCAGUUCCCUGCUUAACCUCACUAAGAGUCCAGAUGGGCGUAUUGUGGUGAAGGCAUGUGAAGGUCUCAUGCUGAUAGUCAGUUUGCCUGAGGCAGCUGCAGCCCAAUGCCUCACAGAGAACACUGAGCUCAGUCAACUCCUCACGGACCGGCUGGCACAGUUCUACCGGGCCCUUCCCCAGUCCAUGGACCCUCUAGAUAUUGAAACUGUGGAGUCCGUAAACUGGGGGCUGGAUGUGUAUAAUCUAAAGGAGGAUGCUGCUGCUUUUGUGGGCAAACGUGCCCUUAUUUCCUUCCUGUCAUGGCUGGACUAUUGUGAUCAGCUCAUCAAAGAGGCUCAGAAGACGGCUGCUGCAGUUCUGGCCCGGACCGUGAGAGAGCGGUUCUUUGUUACUGUAAUGGAGCCUCAGCUGAUGCAAACCUCAGAGGUUGGAAUUCUGACUUCCACAGCCCUGUUAAACAGGAUCAUCAGACAGGUGACGUCAGAAGCCCUACUUCAGGAGACCAUUUACUUCCUGUUGGGAGAGGGAACUGGGCCAGAGACACUUGCUGGCAUUACCCAGCAUCCCCUGAGACACAGACUCAUAGAACAUUGUGACCACUUGUCAGAUGAGAUAAGCAUCAUGACUCUACGGCUCUUUGAGCAUCUGCUGCAGAAACCAUGUCAGCACAUUCUGCAGAACCUGGUGCUGCGCUGCUUGGAAGAGCGCAACUACAUGGAGAACAAACAGCCGGAGGAACGAGAGGAGCGCGAGCACAUGGAGAACGGCCAACCACAUGACGCCGUAGAUCUGGAAGAAGACCCGCUGUUCUCAGAUCUUUCACCUGAUAACAGACUCUCUAGCCCUGAUUGGUUAAGCUGCUCUCCGCCACCAAGCACAGAACAUGCAAAGCCUGAUGGGAAGACGGAGGUUCACAAAAUAGUUAACAGUUUCUUGUGCUUGGUGCCUGAUGAGGCAAAAUCAUCCAAUCAGGUUGAGGGCACAGGCUAUGACACCUACUUGAGAGAUGCACACAGACAGUUUCGGGACUAUUGUGGAGUUUGUCAGAAGUGGGACUGGCGUAGCAGUCCAAAACCCUUUGAGAAGUGUAAUCUGGACAGUCCUUUUUUCGAAGGACACUUCCUCAAAGUGUUGUUUGACAGAAUGGGUCGAAUCCUCGAUCAGCCGUAUGAUGUAAACCUGCAGGUGACGUCUGUGUUGUCUAAGCUGUCUCUGCUGCCUCAUGCUCAUCUUCAUGAGUUCCUGCUGGACCCGUACAUUAACCUGGCGCCGGGCUGCAGGUCUCUCUUCUCGGUCAUCGUCAGGGUGGUUGGUGAUCUGAUGUUGCGAACUCACCGCAUCCCUGAGUUCACCCCUAAACUCCUCCUGGUGAGGAAGAGACUGCUGGGACUAGAGCCAGAGGGGAUGAGCGUUGAUCAUGUGACUUUGCUCGAGGGGGUUAUUGUUCUGGAGGAAUUCUGCAAAGAGCUCGCGGCUAUCGCUUUUGUGAAGUUCCAUGCGUCCGCCUCCACUUCCCCCUAAUCUUGGUUGUGCGCCGGACACAAACAAAUUAAUAAACAGACGAAAGGGGGCAGAUGACACAGGAACGACAAACCCAACUGUACUCAUCCCUCGGCGCAGACUGCUCCCUGCGGCAGGACUCGCAUUCAAGGAUGCUUCAUUCGUGUUAUCUCUGGGAUAUUUCCAUAACUAUGACUGAGCGUUCUGUUUUAAAGGCACCGAAGAGGAAAUUUUGAAAGAGAUUGUGACUCUCAUGGAACAGCCCAUGUGGAAGGAGAGAGAGGAUUUUGUAGCAUUCAUAUGUACCGAAAAGAAACUGUAACUUCCGAACGAAAGAAUGGUAAUGCCAAAAAAAAUUAUGUUUAAAGUAGAAAAAAAGGAAUUGACUUAAAUUUGAUUCAAAUAGUGAAAUUAAAUUAAAUAUUUAAUUAAUGAUUAUUGUUUGUCAUUUGCAGUAUCAAAGAUACUGUCAUCUGUUCUCUGUUCUUUAAAGGAAAAAUAGUGUGAAUACAAAUGUCAAAUGCAACAUAAGUUAAUUUGCAAUGAAACAUUGCAAUAACUCAGGAUUCAAAGUCUAGGUGUUUUUAAAUAAUUGGAGAACUAGACAACGAGCAACGUUUUUAAACAAAUCCUCUCUUUUUCUUUUUCUUCCCGGUAGUGUUUGCCGACACUUUUCUUUUAAAGCGAACCGGAAGCAAUGCGAACUGGAUUGAUUUGAGACUGGGCACAUUUUGCACUCAAACCAGUUUUCACUGGUGCAUUUCCAGAGAGCUGUUCAUCAUUUAUGUUCCCGACAGUGUUCCCAAACCAUUUUAGUUGUUUAACUUGACAUGUUAUGUGUGUGUGCCUUGGUGCCAGCUAGACAGUAGCUGUGUCUUUCAUCCUGUAUCAUCAUGUAUUUAUUAUUGAUUUAAAAAAUAGUUUUAAAUGAGUAGUUCACCUAAAA